AUGAUGCACCCACUCUUCGGCGUGCAACCAGCAGGCUCUCUGCCCGUCACAUAUCCCCACGACGUGACGCUAGACGAUUACACACAACAAAUGGCAUGCCCUCAGACAACAAGGAGAUUCUCGCGAGGCUCCAACGGACAGCGUUCUGGAGGAAAUGCUAUGAGAGUCGCUAAACCUUCGAGUGCCAACAACAGCCCUCGAUCGUCUAGUCUUAUGGCUCGACGCAAGACUCUUAUGAGUGAUGGCAACUCUCAACGACGACAGCAACAAAUCAUGGAGCAACUUUCUUCAUUUUGCGAUAUUCAGUCACAACAGCCCUACCAACGAUCCUCGCGUCCCGUGAGUUGGCACCCGAGUUCUUAUGGUCAAGCUUCAACACAGCAACAGAUGCCUGCCUUGGCCUCAAGCUACUCGCCUGUCGGCCAACAAGAUCCAUAUGGAAACUGUUCUCACUACUCACCUAUGAUGAGUUCAACUUCUUGUGGGACAUCUCCUCUCGCCUUCUCCCAUCUCCCACUGCCAUACCAGUCUGCCGACAUGCCAUACAACCCCUACCAGGGAACCUGCAUAUCGCAGCACUCACCGGCUAGGUCUUUUGCGACUGAUGCUUGUUCAGUGCCGGCCACCUCUGCUCCUGCCGAAACUGCAUACAGCAAUGGGUGGGAUUGGAACAACUUUAUUAUGCAUGGAUUCGGCUCAACAACGCCCCCCACACCAGAAACACUCCCCCAGAGUCAAUCGUCUCAACCUGCGGUCUCUGAGGAUAUUCAAUACCAAGCACUCGACGAUGCUUCGGAAGAAGAAGGCGAGAUCCUGGUUGGAAUGGGCCUCUACGAUGUCCCAGAAAAGUUCAACGAGGACCCACAAUUGAACAACUACCGAUCCACUGUAUCAUCUCUACUCGGGUCGUCAUUUAGAAGUUACGAGCCUAGUGGCAAGGGCUUGAAACUUGAAGAAACAUGGGAGCCUCCCAAAUCCGAUGACGAGGAUGAUGAUGAUGAUGAUGAUGAUGAUGAAGAAGAAGAGGAGGAGGACGAGGAGUAA